ACUAUGGAAAAUCCAAAAUAUGAGCUCAUUAUAGAAGCCAAAGACCUGGGAGGCAUGGAUGUGGGAUUAACUGGCACCGCCACGGCAACCAUCGUCGUUGACGACAAAAACGACCAUCCGCCAGAGUUCACCAAGAAAGAGUUCCAAGCCACGGUGAAGGAAGGCACGACGGGCGUGAUAGUGAAUUUGACAGUCGAAGACCGGGAUGACCCCGCGACGGGCGCCUGGAGAGCCGUUUACACCAUCAUCAACGGGAACCCGGGCCAGAGUUUCGAAAUCCAUACAAAUCCCAAGAACAAUGAAGGCAUGUUGUCUGUUGUCAAGCCUUUGGAUUGCGAGAUUUCGGCUUUCCACACGCUCCUGAUCAAAGUAGAAAACGAAGACCCCUUGGUUCCAGAUAUCGCGUACGGCACCAGCUCCACGGCCACUGUUCAGAUCACCGUUCUGGACGUCAACGAAGGCCCCAUUUUCCACCCAAACCCAAUGACUGUCACCAAACAAGAGAACAUCCCGAUAGGCAGUGUUGUGUUCACCGUCAAUGCCACGGAUCCGGAUAAAUUGCAGCAUCAGACAAUAAG